AUGGUUGAUUUGGAGAGCGAAGUACCCCAUCUUCCCCCGAGGUAUAGAUUCAGGGACUUACUCCUCGGGGACCAGAAUUUACAAGACGAUGACAGGUAGGUUGAGUUUGUUUGACACUUUUAGAUACAAAAAAAUGUUUUAAUCAUUAUCAUGCGGUUUAACUUUGUUGUAGCUAGUACUAAAUUUAAGGUCGGUGGAUUUCUAAAAACAUUUUGGCUAUCAUUUUUCUUUUUCAAUACAAUAAUAACAGAUUUUCUGAUGUGAUUUUCUGUUUUGCAAAUUGUAGUUGGCGAGGAAAGAGAAUGACUAUUUUAAUGGUACACCUUAAAAUCUAAUGGCACCCCUUAAAAUUGGUUUAACAUUUUUAUUAAGGCCUACAGUAUCAUGGUGCUUGCAUAACAAAGGAAUGAGACUAUGAUAGGCCUACACAGUCCAGGGUCAAAUAGUAAUAUUAUUUAAGAGUUUGCACCUGUGGAAUCCUUGUUUAAUACCCAGCCUUGCCCAUGUGCAAAUGCUUAGUAAAUAUGUCAUUAUUAAUUUUAUUUAUAGAAACUAUUUAUAUUUCUCUUUUAUUUUAAGGGUGCAAGUCGAAUUUUAUGCCAAUGAAAGUACUUUCAAAGAGAGACUUAAACUGUUCUUCAUCAAAAACCAAAGAUCAAGUAAGUAAUGUUUUUUAACUAUGUAGUCACAGCUGAACUACACUAUAUGCUGUUACUAUCCAUCUAAUACAUCUUAUUUGUACUUUAUUUUAAAGAGACAGUAAAAAAUACACCCGUUGCAUCUGUAACAAAUGGCAAAUUGUUGAACCAGUUAUAACCAAGGGGCCCAGAGAUUUUCCUGUUCAGGUCACAUGGUGAGGAAGUACUGACCUUAGGUAUGAAAUUAUAACCUCUCUGUCUUUGUCUCCCAGGCCUGAGAAUACAAGUGUUUGACUUCUCCCUAAAGGUCCUGAGCUGUGUCUUAUACAUGUGUCGCGUAUUGACAGCUGACCCAUCCAAAGGACAUGGCUGGUAAGGAUAGUCAUUUAAUGUCUUGUAGGCGAAUGUAGAUACCACAUGGUGAUUACUGAAUAGUCACAAAAAUGUUGCAUUUUUAUGACUACAAUUUGACAACAGCCUCUAAAGAUGGCCCUCAAGGUACAGUAAUUCUCAGAGAAGAAACAAGGGAUCAUCAGUAGAAAAUGUGGAAACUAUUAGUCAUUAACAGUACCAAAACCAUGCCAUGGAAAAUGUCUCACUAACCAGGUUUCCAUCCAACCAUUUCAUGCGGAUGAAUUACCUGACGCAUGAAAAAAGUCACAACCGGUCUGAUGGGAACAGAAAAUGCCGGUACACCUUUAUAAUGCUGACAGACAAUUUGUUCAUUCGACAUGGUGGGAUCUUUUUGUGUCGGUAUAAUUAGUUAUGCGAGAAAUGGCGGUGGAAACGCCUUUAUGUACAAAUAUUGAUAUAAUAACCAUCAUAUGGAAGUAAACGUGGAGUCACGCAAUGACAUGUAGUGUGGUCCUCAUCCUCAUGUGCUGUUGGGGGUACUGGAGGACCGGAUUUGGGAAACACUGUUGUAGCUCUAUCAAGGACAGCAUAGCCAUGUUAGAGAUAUAGAUAUAAUGACGAGACGCUUGUGUCUCCACCCUAAAAAUGAGAUUUGUUGGAAUGGCGGCCUGAGGAAGGCCCGCAGCAUCAUCAAGAACCCCCACACACCCCAGCCAUGAGCUGUUCACUCCCUUACUGUCGGGCAGACGGUAUCGGAGCAUGAGGUCUGAUACCAACAGGCUCAGACAGUUUCUAUCUACAAGCCAUCAGACUGCUGAACACCUGAACUAGACUGUCCACCUGCUCUGAUUCGUUGCAUUUUAGCACACAUGCACUCACUCACUCGCGCACACAUCUACACACACACACACACACACACACAUGCACAUCCACACACACAAACACACACACACACACACAUAAUCACAACUGCUGCUACCAGACUUGUAUUAUGAUUGCUAUAACUGCACAAUUUAAACACUUAUCCCCCAAUCCCACUUUCCCACAAAAAAUUGGACUAUAAAUUGUUCCUUCCUGUAUUAUGCUUAUGCUAUGUGAGAUGGAACCUGCAAUUAAUCAUUUCAUUGGACGGUGUGUACCAUGUGUAUCCUGUACAUACAACUAAUACAACUUGAAACUUUAACUAUUUUUUUAUUUUAUUUGAUGAGGGAUAUUCACUUCAACUGCCUGUAUUCAAUGACGAGUGAGAUGCUGUGCUAGCCUCAUGAAUAUACAUAGACCGUCUCGAAUUUCAACAACUCCGAUAUAAAGUGUUUUUUUCUAAAAGUUGCCGGGAUGUCACGUCCAUCCCACUUAUAUCAGUACACUCGUAACAACCUAAGCAUUAAGAAACUUCUAUUAGAUCAAAUAAGCCUCACAUAUCAAAAUAGAAAUACAUUUUUAACUUGACAAAAUUCAACACUCGUUGUCCCCCAUGCAAAAACUCCUCACUUGCUUAAUAAUUAAUGAUCUGCUUAACGUGGAAAGAUUUUAGGAUUUUGAGUAAACCCUGUUGCUUCGCCUCUUCCUCUCUGGCCAUGUCUGUGUGGGUGGACUAUAUAAUGCUGGUGGACAGAAAGCAUUGUAACCUGCAUCUGUUGAGUCGCUAUUUGAUCUGCGCUCUUACAUUUUCAUCAGUGUAGCUUCAAUUGGGUUACUUAUGUAAGCUUUGUAAAUGUAAAUGCUUUUACAAUACAUUAAUCUAAUCUGGAAACAUAAGCAAAUAAGAGUUGGGUGACAUUGUACUCAGUUUUGAUAAAAGGAUGAGGUAGGUACAGUCAGUUUACUUGCCGUUGUCCUUGUUUUGAAAUAUGACUGUAGAACUAACUGGCACAUUGCCUCUGUACCGAUACCCCCUGUAUAUAGCCUCCCUACUGUUAUUUUAUUUUACUGCUGCUCUUUACUUUACUUAUCUAUUUUUUACUUAACUUAAAACUGCAUUGUUGGUUAAGGGCUUGUAAGUAAGCAUUUCACUGUAAGGUGAAUACCUGUUGUAUUCGGCGCAUGUGGCAAAUAACAUUUCAUUUAAUUUCAUUACAUUUUCUUCAAUAUUAUUGUGCAUUUUGUUAAAUAGUUGGACAUAUCUUUUCUCUCUACAGCUGGGGAUGCCCCAAUCAAACAUACAUAUUUUUUAAGAUUGACUGGUGAGUAUUUACUCUAUCUACUCUUAUCGAAUCGAGUGUUAAAUUAAAGAGAAGCAUAUCCAGACAUCGACCUAAUAAUAUUAAUAUUACCUGGCAACAAUGCAUCAAGACACCCUCACUUAGAGAGGAAACAUACCAGAACAACGUGCUUCUGACCAGAAUAUUGGCCGCCAUUUUCCAGUUAUUUCCCAACAAUUCUACAUGUUGUAUUGGCACAAACAGCCACCUGAACCCAGCAGGUGGACGCUAUAACACACCACGAUGACUCCAAGCAAUAGGACAGCCAUCCACUGCUUUUAGCUGUUAGCCUUUUCUAAAGCCUGUUUGUGGUUUCAUGGCUCAACCCUACACCAGUGCCCCUAAAUUUACCCUCAUAGUAGGGUACAAUACUGAACAGAAACAUUAUCCUACUUUGUCAAGGGGUUUUCCCAAACUUGGUCUUAGAUUAUAUAUUGUUUUCAGGGACUCUUUAAUCCAACAUCAAGCACAACCAAUUAGUUAUUUUCUACACACCACUGAUCACUAGUCAUUCUCUGGACAUGAUUCAAAUAUCUCUCUACAUCUCAAUCUCCAGUUGUGAACUAACACACAGCUUUUUUCCCCACCAGGUCUCCCAUAAUAUGGGUUGAACGAAGUCUUCCCAUAUGGGCGUUACAGGUGAAAUUUCUGCCAACAAAUUUCCUUCAUAAUUUAUUAACUUGUAGUUGUGUUUGCUAACUACUGCAUACAUGGGCACUAUGCAAUUACUACUGUUUGUCGUUUCUAUUCUCAGUUAACCUGCUUCCCAAUGAUGUGAAACUGUUUUUUUUUUAUAAGACUUGAUGAAAACAAAGAGUCUAUCCAUACUUCUAUUUCUUCAACAGGUGUCUGUGGCAGUUAUCUGUCUUUUUGAAACUAUUCUAUUGACUUACCUGAGUUACAAGGUAAGUACCAUCCCACUCCAUAGGAUGUCACUCAAUCUAAGGAAACAUUCAUAGUAAUGUCUAUUCUACAGUCAUAUCAAUAUCACUACUCAAUACACAACAUCAAUCUGUAUAUCUAUAUAUAAAGUCAAUAGAUUGUGAAACAGGAAAAGCACUCUACUUUGUCCUCAGGGCAACAUUUGGGAGCAGAUCAUUCGGUUGACGUUCAUCCUGGAGAUGGUGAACACAGUGCCUUUCCUGCUCACCGUAAGAGUUAACACACUCUAAUAGGGCCUAGGAUCAGUUUUGCCUGUUAAAUAAUAAUUAAGGGGGGGGGGGGGACCUGAUCCUAGAUCAGCACUCCCGCUCCGAGACGUGAAUAUGGGCCCUGGACUCUAGCGAAACACAAUGCUAUGGCAGGGCUAUUAUGGCUAUUAUUGUCUCAUCCAAUAGCUAAUGAAAACACUCUACAUGAACAUGGCUGAAUUCUAAAUUGUAUGUGGUUUUUACUGGGAUUUUAAAGAUGUUUUAAGUCACAUCAUAUACUGUACGUACCUACAAACUCCUAGUAGUAUGUUUUGUCCCCGAGAGUACCAUGACCAGAGGCACCCCAGCUAACACAGCUACGUUGCUGAAACAUUGUGACAGCCUAUCUUUUUGUAACUGGCAACAUUGUCAGGAAUGUUUUGGGCUUCUGUAGACGGGAUGGCCUAUAACGAUCUCUGUGCUGUUUCAGACCAUGUGGCUCCCUCUACGGAACCUCUUCAUCCCUGUGUUCCUGAACUGCUGGUUGGCCAAGCAUGCCUUGGAGAACAUGAUUGUGAGUGUUAAUCUGCCUCAACUCAGACACGGCUGAAUCAGCUUGUUGCGGUAGUGCUGCCACCUCUGGACCACACAUUACACCUGGGGCAGCGGAUUGAUCCCCGGUCCCGCCACUGCUCUAUCCCUCUGUUCUGUCUCCCCAUCUCAACUACUUGUACCUACCUUAUUUAUCAAUUAAAUAGAUUUAAAAAAGUCCUUUACAGAAAUAGAUAGAGGUGGAAAGGUUACCAACCACCCAUGACCUUUUCCCCCUAGAAUGACCUGCAUCGUGCCAUACAGCGAACACAGUCUGCCAUCUCCAACCAGGUGCUCAUUCUCAUCUCCACCCUCUUCUGCCUCAUAUUCACUUGGUGAGUGUGUGCGUGUUCUUGCAUGUGUGUGCACUUGUAAAUUGCAGUCUGCAUCCCAAACAUGGGCACUUCGAAAACCAAUGUAAAUUAAGCAAACGGUUAGUUUCAGAAACGACGAUAAACAACAGCAAAAAAUAUGUCCCGUGUAGCUCAGUUGGUAGAGAAUGGCGCUUGCAACGGCAGGGUUGUGGGUUCGAUUCCCACGGGGGGCCAGUAUGAGAAAAAAAAAAGUAUGCAUUCACUAACUGUAAGUCGCUCUGGAUAAGAGCGUCUGCUAAAUGACUAAAAAUUUACAAAUGUAAAAAAAAAAAUGUUAGCACUUAGCAAUUUGGCAUGUCCUCUCAGGCUAACUCAAUAAGUGGAUGGAGGAGGCAAAGCACCCUGCUUUGGACCACCUCUCCCACAUCCAAUAGGGUCUUACAGGAUCAGCCCAGAUUGAAUUGCUGGUCAUUAUCUGUGGUUUUCCACCUCAGAGCUUCAAGCACUUACAGUCACUUGCAACUAAUGCAUCACGUCUGACAUCAUAUUUCUGGGUUACCAAGUGUACAGCUCUGGGACCUAUUUUCUCCAGUGCACUCUGUGGGUAAAUGGCAUUACAAUGUAAAUUACCUCGGAAUAAUUCCCUCAAUAUCUGGCUUCCUGUUGACUGCCACAAGACCAUUAAUGUAAUGUGUGCGAUGCCACAAAAGCAAGGUAGUGGCAGCAAUUACUACUACAUCCUGAAAAAAUGAAUUUUUUAAUGAAAGUUGAAGGCACAUAUUCCAAAGAACGAACCCUGCACUCAACAGACAGUAUUUCACUGUGUUUAUUCACAUUGCCUAGAAUAUGAAAUAUCCCACUGGGCACAGAUGUCUAUUCCACGUUGGUUCAACGUAAUUUUGUUGAAAUCAGGUGGAAAAAUCAUUGAUUGAACUACAGUACCAGUCAGAAGUUUGGACACACCUACUCAUUCAAGGGUUUUUCUUUAUUUGUACUAUUUUUUACAUUGUAGAAUAAUAGUGAAUAAAUCAAAACUAUGAAAUAACACAUAUGGAACCAUGUAGUAUCCAUAAAAGUGUUAAACAAAUCAACAUAUAUUUUAUAUUUGAGAUUGUUCAAAUAGCCACCCUUUGCCUUGAUGACAGCUUUGCAUACUAUUGGAAUUCUCUCAACCAGCUUCAUGAGGUAGUCACCUGGAAUGCAUUUCAAUUAACAGGUGUGCCUUGUUAAAAGUUAAUUUGUGGAAUUUCUUUCCUUAAUGCGUUUGAGCCAAUCAGUUGUGUUGUGACAAGGUAGGGGUGGUAUACAGAAGAUAGCCCUAUUUGGUGAAAGACCAAGUCCAUAUUAUGGCAAGAACAGCUCAAAUAAGCAAAGAGAAACGACAGUCCAUCAUUACUUCAAGACAUGAAGGUCAUUCAAUAUUGAACAUUUCAAUAACUUUUAAAGUUUCUUCAAGUGCAGUCGCAAAAUCCAUCAAGCACUAUGAUGAAACUGGCUCUCAUGAGGCCCGCCACAGGAAAGGAAGACCCAGAGUUACUUCUGCUGAUGAGGAUAAGUUCAUUAGAGUUACCAGCCUCAGAAAUUGCAGCCCAAAUAAAUGCUUCACAGAGUUCAAGUAACAGACACAUCUCAACAUCAACUGUUCAGAGGAGACUGUGUGGAUCAGGCCUUCAUGGUCGUAUUGCUGCAAAGAAACCACUACUAAAGGACACCAAUAAGAAGAAGAGACUUGCUUGGGCCAAGAAACACGAGCAAUGGACAUUAGACCGGUGGAAAUGUGUCCUUUGGUCUGGAGUUCAAAUGUGAGAUUUUUUGUUCCAACCGCCGUGUCUUUGUGAGACGCGGUGUGGGUGAACGGAUGAUCUCUGCAUGUGUAUUUCCCACCGUAAAGCAUGGAGGAGGAGGUGUUAUGGUGUGUGGGUGCUUUGCUGGUGACAUUGUCUCUGAUUUAUUUAGAAUUCAAGGCACACUUAUCCAGCAUGGCUACCACAGCAUUCUGCAGUGAUACGCCAUCCCAUCUGGUUUGGGCUUAGUGGGACUAUCAUUUGUUUUUCAACAGGACAAUGUCCCAACACACCCCCAGGCUGUGUAAGGGCUAUUUAACCAAGGAGAGUGAUGGAGUGCUGCAUCAGAUGACCUGGCCUCCACAAUACCCCGACCUCAACCCAACUGAGAUGGUUUGGGAUGAGUCGGAUGGCAGGGUGUAGGAAAAGCAGCCAACAAAUGCUCAGCAUAUGUGGGAACUCCUUCAAGACUCUUAAAAGCAUUCCAGGUGAAGCUGAUUGAGAGAAUGCCAAGAUUUUGCAAAGCUGUCAUCAAGGCAAAGGGGGGCUAUUUGAAGAAUCUCAAAUAUAAAAUAUAAUUUGAUUUGUUUAACACUUUUUUGGUUACUACAUAAUUCCAUAUGUGUUAUUUCAUAGUUUUUAUGUCUUCACUAUUAUUCUACAAAGUAGAAAAUAGUACAAAUAAAGAAAAACCCUUAAAUGAGUAGGUGUGUCCAACCCUUUGACUGGUAGUGUAUGUACAUGUGAUAUUUCUGUUUUUUUUUGGUAAUACAUUUGCAAACAUUUCUAAAAACCAGUUUUUGCUUUGUCAUUAUGGGGUAUUGUGUGUAGAUUAAUGAUAGGGAAAAACAAUUUAAUAAAUUAUAGAAUAAGGCUGUAACGUAACAAAAUGUGGAAAAAGUCAAGGGGUCUGAAUACUUUCCGAAUGAUCAAUGGAAACAGGAUUCACCUGAGCUCAAUUUCGAGUCUCAUAGCAAAGGUUCUGAAAAGUUAUGUAAAUAAGGUAUUUUUAAAUAUAUUUUUUAUACAUUUGCAAACAUUUCAAAAAACGUGUUUUCACUUUGUCGUUAUGGAGUAUUGUUUGUAGAUUGCUGAGGAUUUUUAUUUAUUUAAUACAUUUUAGAAUAAGGCUGUAUUGUAACAAAAUGUGGAAAAAGUCAAGUGGUCUGAAUUCUUUCCGAAGGCACUGUAAUUUAAUUUGUGAUGGUGAGUAAAAUAAAUCAUUUUGAUCUCACCUAAUUUUAACAUUCUGUCAUAAAGAGCACAUGUUCAAUUUAUUACAAAACUAGUUUUCCCAUCUCAAGAGAUUAAAAAAAACUAUAGUAAGUGCCUAUCUUGAGCUUAAUUAAAUAAUAAAAAUAUAUCUGUUUGUCUUUUUAUAACUUUAAACAAAAACUGUACAUCAUUUAAUGCUCCACAAUAUGUCAAAGUGUAGGUAUAGGUCUUGUGCUUCCAAUGAGUGGUAUUAUAUGUCUAUAACGUGGAUGGUUAGUGGUGUUAUGGUGCGUUCGUAACCAAGUUGGAAGUAGGAAUUUAACACAUCUGCAAAAACUCCACUUGAACGGCCUUCCAAAUGGUAAUUACUAGUUAAAUCAUCCAUGUGACAAGGGCAAUGGAAGCUGGCUGUGUGCAGCAGAGAGGGGCACUUGAAAGCAAGAUUUUAUUUAAGUGGCAGUCUUUCUCCAAUGUAUCUACAAUUACAUAAUCCAAAGAUUUUUUUGUACAUUAGGAGAGGAGUUGGAGCUUAAAUGCCCUAAAAAGGCAUAGUGCCUCAAAAUACAAAGAAGCACUUGCUUUAUGUUUUUUGUGUAUUCUAUGUUAAAUGUUUGCUCAAGAAGCUUGGAAGAAUGUGAACGCAAUACUUAUGUUCUUAUCAUCUUCUCUCACAAUAAAAGCUGUUACUGUUCUUGUGCUGUGGCAUACAUUGCUUCUGAUUGAGACAAACCAACUAGUGACCUUCACCAAAACGUGAUAUCUUUCUUUCUGUCCUGCUCAAGACCUGGCUGUUCUGUUCGGUCAUUUCCCCCUGCCGACCCCUCAGUUUGGGAACUACUGCCUUACAUGGUGAAAAAUACACAUUGAUUUCAUUGUAUAUCCCCCAGAGUCAAAUCUGGUGUUUUUAGACAGGAUUCAAGCUACAGUGUAUUAGACCAAACUCAAGACAGGAACAAUUAUUUCAGCAAGCGACCUAAGUCACACAUUCAGUCAUUUAUAAUACAUACAUAAAUGCCUUUUAUAAUAUGACACUGUACUUACUAUAAAGUCAGACAACUUUGGUCAUUCAUAACACAUACAGUACCAGUCAAAAGUUUGGACACACCUACUCAUUCAAGGGUUUUUCUUUAUUUUUACUAUUUUCUACAUUGUAGAAUAAUAGUGAAGACAUCAAAACUAUGAAAGAACACAUAUGGAAUCAUGUAGUAACCAAAAUAUAUUUUAUAUUCUUCAAAUUAGCCACCCUUUGCCUUGAUGACAGCUUUGCACACUCUUGGCAUUCUCUCAACCAGCUUCACCUGGAAUACUUUUCCAGCAGUCUUGAAGGAGUUCCCACAUAUGCUGAGCACUUGUUGGCUGCUUUUCCUUCACUAUGCGGUCCAACUCAUCCCAAACCAUCUCAAUUGGGUUGAGAUAGGGUGACUGUAGAGGCCAGGUCAUCUGAUGCAGCACUCCAUCACUCUCCUUCUUGGUCAAGGGGGUGGGGCUAACCGGAUGUUUGUCCCGGACUCUGCCCAUUCCUCGGUUCUGGAAUGGGCUCAUUCCUCUCGACUGGCCUGCCAUCCUGGCUCCCAUCGGACCCUGGCCUUUGUACGACAACAUUUUUGGAUGACCCACCAUGGUUCCUGACGUCUCCGCGUUCGUCGCAGCCUGCACCGUGUGUGCCCAGAAUAAGACUCCUCGGCAAGCUCUGGCAGGCCUCCUUCAACCACUUUCCAUCCCUCACUGUCCCUGGUGACAUAUAUCCCUGGACUUCGUCACUGGUCUCUCCCCGUCUGAUGGCAACACGGUUAUCCUUACCAUGGUGGCCUGGUUUUCCAAAGCUGCCCACCUCAUCCCUCUCCCCAAGCUACCCUCAGCCAAGGAGACGGCCCAGCUCAUGGUGCAGCACGUCUUCCGGAUCCAUGGACUUCCGGUGGACAUGGUCUCCGACCGGGGUCCUCAGGUCUCGUCCCAGUUCUGGAAGGCGUUCUGCAUGCUCAUUGGGUCGUCGGCCAGCCUGUCCUCCGGGUUCCACCCCCAGUCUAUCGGCCAGUUGAAGCAAACCAAUCAGGACCUGGAGACGACUCUUUGCUGCCUGGUCUCUGCCAAUAUCACCACCUGGAGCCAGCAGCUCUUGUGGGUAGAGUACGCCUGCAACACCCUCCCUUGCUCAGCCACUGGUCUCUCACCUUUUGAGUAUCCCUGGGAUAUCAGCCCCCGCUCUUCCCGGAGCAAGAGGAAGAGGUCAGCAUACCCUCAGCCCAGAUGUUCGUCCGCUGCUGUCGCCAUACCUGGAAGAGAGCCCAGUCGGCUCUUCUCAAGACCACCUCCAGGUAUUGAUGACAGGUGGACUGCCACCGUACCCCGGCUCCCCGUUAUUGUCUCGGGCAGAGGGUAUGGCUGUCCACUCUGGAUCUGCCCCUCCGGGUAGAAUCCCGCAAACUGUCCCCCUGUUUUAUCGGCCCUUUCCCCAUCUCCAAGAUCCUUAGCCCCUCUGCUGUUCAUUUUCUGUUGCCCUGUGCCCUCCGUAUGCAUCCCACUUUUCAUGUGUCUAGGAUUAAAUCUAUGUCUCACAGCCCUUUGUCUCCUGUUUCCUGUGUUCUCUGUUUGUCUGUUGUCAGUUAGUCUUGUCUUGUCUUGUCAGGUCUUACCAGCGUUCUUUCCUGUCUUCCUGUGUCUCAAGUUCUGUUUCCUAGUUUUUCGUGGUUCUGACCAUUCUGCCUGCCCUGACCCCGAGCCUGCCUGCCGUCCUGUACCUGCCUGAAUCUGACCUGAUCCCGAACCUCUGCUUGCCCUCGACCUGCCCUUUGCCUGCCCCGUGUUUAUAAUAAAUCAUCUGAGAACUGUACUAUCCACCUCCCGUGUCUGCAUCUGGGUCAUAUCCUGAUACGUGAUAGUGUGUGCCUUUCCAAAUCAUGUCAUAUCAAUUGAAUUUACCAAAGGUGGACUCCAAUCUAGUUAAAGAAACCUCUCAAGGAUGAUCAAUUGAAACAGGAUGCACCUGAGCUCAAUUUCGAGUCUCAUAGCAAAGGGUCUGAAUACUUAUGUCUGAGGGACAGACGUAAAUGAAUCACUAAUCACAUGAAACAGAUUAUUUUUAAAUAUUUGCAAAUUUAAAAUAAAAACGGAAUAUCACAUUUACAUAAGUAUUCAGACCCUUUACUCAUUACUUUGUUGAAGCACCUUUGGCAGCGAUUAUAGCCUCGAGUCUUCUUGGGUAUGACACUACAAGCUUGGCACAUCUGUAUUUGGGGAGUUUAUCCCAUUCUUCUCUGCAGAUCCUCUCAAGCUCUGUCAGGUUGGAUGGGGAGCAUCACUACACAGCUAUUUUCAGAUCUCACCAGAGAUGUUCAAUCGGGUUCAAGUCCGGGCUCUGGCUGGGUCACUCAAGAACAUUCAGAGACUUGUCUCAAGGCCACUCCUGCAUUGUCUUGGCUGUGUGCUUAGGGUCGUUGUCCUGUUGGAAGGUGAACCUUCGCCCCAGUCUGAGGUCCUGAGUGCUCUUUUCGAGCAGGUUUUCAUCAAGGAUCUCUCUGUACUUUGCUCCGUUCAUCUUUCCCUCGAUCCUGACUAGUCUCCCAGUCGCUGCUGCUGAAAAACAUCUAAGGCACUGCAUCGCAGUGCUAACUGUGCCACUAGAGAUCCUGGUUCGAAUCCAGGCUCUGUCGCAGCCGGCCGCGACCGGGAGACUCAUGGGCGGCGCACAAUUCGUCCAGGGUAGGGGAGGGAAUGGCCGGCAGGGAUGUAGCUCAGUUGAUACAGCAUGGCGUUUGCAACGCCAGGGUUGUGGGUUCAAUUCCCACGGGGGGCCAGUAUAAAAAAAUAUGUAUUCACUAACUGUAAGUCGCUCUGGAUAAGAGCGUCUGCUAAAUGACUAAAAUGUAAAAUGUAAUGUAAAAUGACUGUCUCAUCUGAGCUGAUUGCCUUGGGGUAAUGACCGCUAAGUGAUCUCAUUUGCUGCCCUGCCCAUAAUGUGCGUGUGUGUGUGUGUUUGUGUGUGUGUCACAGAAGGUUUACGGAGGGACAUUUCAAAAUGUUGAAUUUUGGCAUUUUAGUAAGUCUUUAUUCAUAUUGAUAAUCAGAUGUAUUGAAUUUUCCAUGUGGUCCAGGCUUUUAAAAUUCAAUAUUGGUCCAUAAUUUCUACUUAACAUAUCAAAGGGAUGCAAAAGAGUGUCAUUUCGUGGAACGACCAAGUACACGUUAAGUUCUGCUCGUUGGACGUUGGUUCCAAUGCUCUCGUCAAGUAUGUUUGUUUAUUUGUCACAUGAAAGACUGUACUAUAUUUUGAAAUACAUAAAAUUCAUUUCCCGAUGCAUUUUACAUAUAUUGUGAUAUACAUUUGAAAUACAUGUAUAUAUACGUUUUAAAUCAAUUCCGUAAUAUAUGUUGGAAUGUAUUUAAAAUCUAUUAAAUAUAUAUAUAUAUUGAAUACAUUAUUUGGCCAAUUUUAAAUCUUUCACAUGUAUCAUAAAAAAAUUGAUCUAAAAAUAUAUUUUAGAUUUAUGUUUUUCCAUAUGGGAUGCUAUUAUUUGUAAAGUAGAUGUACUUGUACACAAAAGAGACUCUGGUUAUCAAUGGCUGAUAGUGAAAGCAAUACUAACAGCUCUUCUGAGUUUCCUGUGGGCUCUGUCUCAUCUGAGCUGAUUGCCUUGGGUUAAUGGCCGCUAAGUGAUCUUAGUUCUGCCAUUUGCUGCCCUGCCCAUAAUGUGCGUGUGUGUGUACGUGUGUGUGUGUGUGUGUGCGUAGUUUUUUUCUCUGUCCCUUUAUGGUCAUAAAGUGAUACUCAUGGUGAAGGCUGAUGAUGGUCACACACCCUUGUCUGGUAGUCCAUCAGUUAUCAUUUCUCAAAACAACAUAUAUGUUAUAGAUGAUUUAGAUGUGCUGUGUAGGAUGUCUUUGUAGACAGAAUAUUCCUCUUAAGGUCCUAGCUGGUAAAUGCAGGUUUACUGGAAUGACGACAUUACUCCAUGUAAUCAUUCCCCUACAAAAUCCAAUAAGUCCACAGAAUAGAGCACACUCAUUCAGUGGCCAAGUUUUACUAAUCUAUUUACUGGACCAGUGCGAUCACAGGUUAAGCUACUUCCAAUGUCAAUACAUGACUGACCACAACAUUCAACAAAAAAAACAGAUAGGAUGCAUGCUAUGUAUUCAUUCAAGAAUUGCAAAAAUACAUUUCCACAAUAUGCAGAGCAUUUCUGUUAAUAAAUACAUCCACAGAUAUAUUUGACGACAUACAGUAUAUCGAUCAUCAUUAACAAUAGUGUAUGUUACAAAGAGAUUUGAGGAUAUAUGUCUGGCUAUGGGAAGUUCAGUUGGCUUGUAGGUUUAUGUUUCUUCUCGACUAAAACCUUAUGGGCCAGUUUCCCAGAGACAGAUUAAGUUUAGUCCUGAUCCAAAAAGCUCAAUGAGAAUUUCCAUUGAAAGUGCUUUUUAGUCAAGGAGUAAAUGUAAUCUCUGUCCAGAAAACUGGCCCUAUGUGUAGUACCACUAGUUUUUCUUGACCAUCUGCCUUAGUUAAAAGACCCAGUGUUUUUCCUGGUUGGGUCAUGUGGUCUGGAAAAUCUCUUGGCCCUACUUCAUGUUUCAGUGUAGACACCAAGGGCAAAUUUCCCGAACACAGAUUAAGUCUAGUACUGGACUAAAACACAAACUCAAUGGAGAACCUAAAAUGAAAAUCCUGAUAAAUCAAAGACUUGGCUUAAUCUGUGUCUGGUAAACUGUCCCCAAAUGAUGCAAUGACACCACUCCCUUCACAACCCCUGUGUUACUGCUUUCCUGUAUCCCUGGUAGUAUCUGUGGCAUCCAGCACCUGGAGCGGGCGGGCAAGAAUCUGACGUUGUUCGACUCCUGGUACUUCUGUGUUGUCACGUUCUCCACGGUGGGCUACGGCGACGUCACACCCAACGUGUGGCCCUCCAAGCUGCUGGUGAUCAUUAUGAUCUCAGUGGCCCUUGUGGUGCUGCCCAUUCAGGUGAGAAAGUCGGCCAAGAACACACACAUACAUUGCACCGCACAUACAGACAGACAGACAGACAGACAGACAGACAGACAGACAGACAGACAGACAGACAGACAGACAGAGACACAAUAAGACACACAGACAAAAUUACCACACUCCCAUCUGUUUGCUAAAGGGAAAUCAACUGGACUAAUGUUCGGACAUCUAGGAAAUGCCAAAUCGAUAGAACACAUGCGAGUAGGGAGUCAGCUGAACUAGAAAGGGCAUAAUCAUGUUCGAGGCAUUGUAGAUGCAUUGGUAGGCCAAAAGUAUCCAUACUGCUGCUGUUCUGCCAUUGUAAACAGAUUGCCUUAAUGAAGACAGUAACUGACAUUUACUCUGGCCUUUUUUAUGGACACAAUUUCAAUAUUCUGUUGAAGCAUAUUUUUUCUACUACUAGUCCUGGAGAUCCACAGGGUAUGCAGGCUUAUGUCCCAGCUAGCUGUACUAACACACCUAACUUGAUGAUUAGUUGAUGAUAUGAAUCAGGUGUGUUAGUACUGGGCUGGAGAAAACAAUGCACACUGUAGCUCUAUAGGACCAGGAUGGAAGAAAAGAGUGAUAAAAUAUAAAUGCUUUACUCUAUAUUACAACAUGUGUUGGAUUGGGUGAACUGUAUGCAUUUAGCCAUGUAUUUAGCCUAUUUGAAUGAUUUGAGAAUGUGUUUUGCGCAACAUGAGCAGUAUUAGUAAGGUGUGCCUGUGCUGGGUGCUAUUGGUCAGUUUGAACAGCUAGCCUACCUGUGGAUGGAGAGACAGAAGUCGGGGGGGAACUACAGCCGCCACCGGGCCCAGACGGAGAAACAUGUGGUGCUGUGUGUCAGCUCCCUCAAGAUAGACCUCCUGAUGGACUUCCUCAAUGAGUUCUACGCCCACCCCGGGCUGCAGGUGUGUGUGUGUGUGUGUGUGUGUGUGUGUGUUUGUACGUGCGUGCGUGUGUGUAGGUGAAUGAGUUGGUGUGUGUGUGUCACGAUCAUCAUACAGAGUGGACCAAGGCGCAGCGUGAUAUGCGUACAUACUUUAUAAUUAGUACUUUGCACACAACACAAAACAACAAAACGAUACGUGAAGUCCUUGGUUUACAGACACAAACCAUACACAGAACAAGAUCCCACAAACACUGUGGCAAAACAGUCUACCUAAGUAUGGUUCCCAAUCAGAGACAACAAGCAACAGCUGAUUCACGUUGCCUCUGAUUGAGAACCACACCGGCCAACAUAGAAACAAAUGAACUAGAUAAACAACCUAGCACACAAAACACAUAGAAACAACCCACCCUGGCUCAACAUAACAGAGUCCCAGAGCCAGGGCGUGACAGUGUGUGCGUGCGUGUAUACUUGAGUCUUGUUCAUUCAGGCACGCGUCAGGAAAGGUUUUAAAACACUUUGCAACAGAAAUUUGCAUUUCUUUUUGGACAAGUCCAGGUAGUCCCUCCCUGUUUCAGUCCGUUUUCGUCCAUUUGGUGCCUAAUGAACACGACCCAGGCUGUUCCUCUGUGUUCCUCCCCAUCCAGGACUACUACGUCAUCAUCCUGUGUCCGACAGAGAUGGACCCCCAGGUUCGCCGGGUCCUCCAGAUCCCCCUAUGGUCCCAGCGUGUCAUCUACCUCCAGGGGUCAGCCCUCAAAGACCAGGACCUCAUACGGGCCAAGUGAGUUACCAACACUAAGGGCUGCGUCUCAAUCCGCUUAAAUAGUUUCCUCUCUUUGGGUCUUUAGUCUCCUUUCCUUCAACUGCACUGAUGUGGAAGAGCUGGACUGGUAAAAAACAAUAGUGGAUAGGCAAUGGGUAUCCACCAUAUUGCUUGCCUUUCACCUCUCUUAUGUUUUAAGAUGAGUGUGGGUUGGUAUACAGUUGGAGAGGAGAUGAGAGGAAGCCACUGUAGAGUAUUGAGAUGUAACCACUUAGUUUUGAAUGGGUGUCCUUCUUUUCCAGACUGGAUAAUGCAGAGGCUUGUUUCAUCCUAAGCAGUCGCUGUGAGGUGGACCGCACCGCCGCAGUACGUACAUUUGCUACUAUUACCACUACAACAAGUGUUAAAUCAGGGGCAGACUGGGACCAAGAGACCAGCCCACUGGCCUAAGGAGUGACCAGCCCACCAGGCUUUUGUGUUAGAUUAGGUCAAUACAUACCUGAAUGGGCACUAGCAAACCAUAUGCUAAAGGUUACUACUAGUUAGCAUAGUUAUAAUAAUUGUUUUAUAUAUUUUUUCUUGCAAUAGCCCUCUGUGACUUUAAAUAAUAUUUAUCUCAAAACUGUGAUUCCUAAAAGAUGUGUCCAGAGAUUUGGUGAACUCUGUCAAAUUUGUCUAAAAUCAUAAAUUAAUCCAGAAUGAGCAAGGUCAGCUAUACCAUAAGGACCCCUUAUUCAUGUCCUCAUUACAUUUAGUGCAACAAGACCACUUAUGGUCUGUAAAGUUCUCUACUUUUGAUAGAUUUAAACAAACAAUAUUGGAAUCACCAUCGUAUCAACCAUAAACUGUCAACUCCAUCUGCCUGAUAGAUUAAGAUAGAAUAGGAAUUAUGGUUCAAAUAUGUUACCUUUAAUUAGGUUUUUAGAGUCAAUAAGUCAUAUAUCACUUGAAUGAAGAAGAAAAAUGACAUUUUUGUCAACUCUGUAAAACAUCAACUCAACAUCAACAAAUUUUUGUCUAAUGCGUGCUGACUAAUCUGAUAGAAUGUGUAUGUUUUUAUUGGGAAUUUUCAAAUGAAUAAUUUCCCAUAUUAAACAAAUGUUUGUAUUGAACCUUUAUUUUUAGAGGCACAAAUAUGUCUGUUUUGAGUAUCUGUUGACAAUUCCGUCAGUGGCUUGUCAACUCUGUCAAUAGUUGACUUUUUUUGUCAAUAUUCUGAAAUAAUAUUUGAAUCACUGUUCUGCAACAUAUGCUUAAACAAUUGAAGUAUUUGCUGUGCUAGGUUGUAUGUUCUAUACUGAACAAAAAUAUAAACGCAACAUGCAACAAUUUCAAAGAUUUUACUGACUUGCAGUUCAUAUGAGGAAAUCAGUCAAUUGAAAUAAAUUCAUUAGGCCCUAAUCUAUGGAUUUCACAUGACUGGAAAUACAGAUAUGCACCUGUUAGUCACAAAAAAAGGUAUGGGCGUGGAUCAGAAAAGCAGUCAGUAUCUGGUGUGACAACCAUCUGCCUCAUGCAGCGAGACCCAUCUCCUUUGCAUAGAGUUGAUCAAGCUGUUGAUUGUGGCCUUUGGAAUGUUGUCCCACUCCUCUUCAAUGGGUAUGUGAAGUUGCUGGAUAUUGGCAGGAACUGGAACAUGCUGUCAUACACAUCGAUCCAGAGCAUCCUAAACAUGCUCCAUGGGUGACAUGUCUGGUGAGUAUGCAGGCCAUUGAAGAACUGGAACAUUUUCAGCUUCCAGGAAUUGUGUAUAGAUCCUUAAGACAUAGGGCUGUGCGUUAUCAUGCUGAAACAUGAGGUGAUGGCAGUGAAUGAAUGGCACGACAAUGGGCCUCAGGAUCUCGUUACGGUUUCUCUGUGCAUUCAAACUGCCAUCGAUAAAAUGCAAUUGUGUUCAUUGUUUGUAGCUUAUACCUGCCCAUACCAUAACCCCACCGUCACCAUGGGGCACUCUGUUCACAACGUUGACAUCAGCAAACCGCUGGUGAAGAAGCUGGAUGUGGAGGUCCUGAGCUGGUGUGGUUAAUUGUGGUCUGCGGUUGUAAGGCCGGUUGGACCUACUUCCAAAUUCUCUAAAAUGACGUUGGAGGUGGCUUAUGGUAGAGAAAUUAACAUUACAUUCUCUGGCAACAGCUUUGGUGGACAUUCCUGCAGUCAGCAUGCCAAUUGCACACUCCCUCAAAACUUGAGACAUCUGUGGAGUAGCCUUUUAUUGUCCCCAGCACAAGGUGCACCUGUAUAAUGAUCAUGCUGUUUAAUCAGCUUCUUGAUAUGUCACACCUGUCAGGUGGAUGGAUUAUCUUGGCAAAGGAGAAAUGCUCACUAACAGUGAUGUAAACAUAUUUGUGCACAACAUUUGAGAGAAGUAAGCUUUUUGUGCGUAUGGAACAUUUCUGUGAUCUUUUAUUUCAGCUCUUUUAUUUUCAGCUCAUGAAACAUGGGACCAACACGUUUAUAUUUUUGUUUAGUAUAAAUCGAGAAACACAUCCCAAAAUGCUAAUUAAAUUAGCCCUCGAGCAUUUAAUAGUGCUAUAAAACAAAACAAAAAGAAGUUUGGAGAUUUGUAUAACAUAUUUCAAUAAUUGAAUGUUCGAAUUAAACAAUCAAAGCCUUUAAACACUGUAAAAAUGAAAUGCCUUUUAUGGUGUCUGAUGGAGUUGACAUAAAUCCAGUUAGUUAGUAAAUCCAGUUAGCAUGUUAUGAUAAAAAAUCAUAGCAUGGCACGUUUUAUUGCAAAUUGAGCUGACAAUACUAUGAUACAUACCGGCAAGAGUAUCACUUAUAAUAGGACAAGUACUUAUACAAGGUACAGAGGGACUUUGUAUUGCUCAAGCUUUGUAUGACAUCUGACAUAAACAUACCUAAUAAUAAUAAUAAUAAUAAUAAUAAUAAUAAUAAUAAAUAGCAUUUGUAGAGCGCUUUUCAUUUAUAGAAGUAAAUCCCAAAGAUCUUUACAUUGAAAGCAACCAUUAAAAUAAAAAUGCUUUAAUAAAAGAGCUAAAAACAGGCGAAAAAUUGAAAGAUAGUAGCUAUCUAGUAGCUAGUACUAUACAAGAUACACAACAGAAUAAGGAGGCGACAAGGACAAAACAAUAGAACUUAAAACUAACGUAUAGGACCAACAAAAGACAACACAAAAUAGAUCACAAUAAGCGAAAGCCAGUUUAAAGAAGUGGUUAUUGAGCUCAGACUUAAAGGCAGUGGUGAUCUGGGGCAUGCAGAGGUGGAGCGGGAGCUCGUUCCAGAGCCGGGGGACGAGACCGCAGAAUGCUUGGUCACCCAUUGUUUUUAGGCGCCAGUGUUAUAACCACGGUGCAGUGCAUAAAGCAAUGGAACAUAAAACAGCUCAAACAAAUGUAUCUCUGAUGUGUUUUUGUUGUCUUGUUUGCCUCUUAAGGACCAUCAGACAAUUCUGCGAGCUUGGGCUGUGAAGGAUUUCGCUCCAAAGUGCCCCAUUUAUGUCCAGAUUCUAAAGCCAGAGAAUAAAUUCCAUGUGAAAUUUGCAGGUAAAGACAGAUUAAUGUAUUGUUAAGAAACAUUUGUUUAGAUGAUUUGGGAUCUUGGCAUACAUUUUCUGGAAUAUCCUGAAUUGUGGCCCCAAUAAUGGGUUAACCCUUCCUUCUCUAGUUUUUGUAUUUAUAUUUUCUCUAUGUAUUCAGGUUAGUCUCAUUGAGUCCCAUCUCAGUAAUACGUAAAACGUAAUCAAAUCUUAUUAAUCUCCAUUGCCUUAGAUCAUGUUGUGUGUGAGGAGGAAUUAAAGUAUGCCAUGUUGGCCCUGAACUGCAUCUGUCCAGCGACCUCCACCCUUAUAACACUACUGGUCCACACUUCACAGGGUCUGUAAGUACACAACCACCCUCCACCCUCAUAUCUAGUCAACACCUCAAUGGUGUACACUCCAGAAGAUCUACAGUAGGCAACCCACCAACCCACCAAGUCUCUACCCAAGUCUUUACUCUACCCACCAAGUCUGCAAAUGGAAAAAAAUGCAUACUGCGAAAGCCUAGACUAUGAAUACCCUCUUCAUUACUCUAUGUGCUUCAGGGAGGGGCAGCAGUCUCCAGAGCAGUGGCACAGGACCUAUGGCAAGUGUUCCGGGAACGAGGUCUAUAACAUCGCCAUGAGAGACAGCAUCAUCUUCUCGGAGUACAUGGGGAAAAGCUUCACCUACACCUCCUUCCACUCACAUAAGAAGUAAGUAGAAAACACCAAUACGUCUUAGGGGGGGUCCUAGGGUCAAGGGUCACAGACUUGCCAUUAAACAGCCCUACUGACAGAUUACCACAUUUUCUUGUGAUCCCGGUUCCAAUGGUUAGAUUUACUGUGCUAUUUCAGUUGUAUCCAUGGAUGGGGACGGAUAUGUGUGCUUAAAUGCUCAAUAAACACUUUUAACCAACAAAUAAAAUCACAUUUUAUUAGUCACAUGCUUGUUAAACAACAGGUGUAGACUAACAGUGAAAUGCUUACUUAUGGGCCCUUCCAACAAUGCAGAGAGAAAGAAAAUAGAGAAAUAAUAGAAAAGUAAUAACACAGAAUAAUAAAUACACAAUGAGUAAUGAUAACUUCGCUAUAUACACGGGGUACCAGUCCCGAGUCGAUGUGCAGGGGUACGAGGUAAUUAAGGUAGAUAUGUACAUAUAACUAGGAAUAAAGUGACUAGGCAACAGGAUAGAUAAUAAACAGUAGCAGCAGCGUAUAUGUGAUGAGUAAAAUAAAAUUCGCGCAUAAAGGGUCAAUGCAGAUAGUCCGGGUAGCUAUUAGGUAUAACACACCAGGUAUACAAUAAACAUCAACAAAAUAUUUGACUGAAAAUAGCACUGAUCCGACACAUUUAAAACCAGCCCUAUUUAUGAAUAUUCUAAUACAGGUGACAAAAUGUAGGUCAAAGGGUAGGGAUUUGACCACAUAAUAAUAAUAAUCAUAAUAAUCAUAAUAAUAAUGUAUUAAACUUCUAUAGCACUUUUCAUAACAGAAAUCUCAAAGCACUUCAUAAGCACAAAACAAACAAAAAAGAAAUAUGUCAGGUCAACCAAUAGAGGCCAAGUCUUUGAAAGCUGCAUCCUCUGCAGAUGGAGAGGGUCAGUUGAUGGCUUGAGCGGAGGGAGCUGGUCAGAGGAUGGUAAAUGAUGGUGAUGGAGUCUGCUGAUUAUCUUGUAGAGGGCAAGUCCGGGAACCAGCACGAGUCAUAUAGCCACUGGACUUCUCCUCUUCCACUCUGUGAAGCACCCAUUUGGGCAAUGCGUCGGCAGCUCUGGGCGUCAGAAAGCUCACCACACAAAGUUCAGAAUAGUAGCCAGUCGUCCUCUCUACGAGCCCUCUGCCUCAGCACUGCAUUCCUCCAUCUCCAAUUCCUCUUACACUUCAAGCGACUCCUCAUGACCAUACCUGGAAAACCUUAGCAAACACUCUGGUCUCAUCAUGUGGUCAGGAAAAACUCAGUUGCCCAGUCAAAUAGGCGUUGAACAGACAUCUCUCCCUCUGUUAUUUCCCCUCUGUACCUCCACUCUGUGUGAGCUAACUCUAAACCUCGAUCUCUGUCCUCAGGUAUGGUGUGUGUCUGAUCGGGGUGUGCCGGGAGGACAGUAAGAGCAUCCUGCUGAACCCCGGGUCCCAGUUCAGGAUGAGCCCCAAUGACACCUGCUUCUACAUCAACAUCACCAAGGAGGAGAACUCAACCUUUAAGAGGGAGAGGAUGGUCAGCUGGCCUUGCCUGCCUGUCCACAGUGCCAUCACCAGCAUGGGUCAGUAAUAUGAGCUCUAUUCCAAUAUCAAAACGUGUGUACUACGUAGCAUGAAGUGAUGAAGUAUACUAACAAGUGAGUGAUGUAUUGGGCAAGUAUAGUGUGCUAGUGUGGAUAUUGGUAUAUAUAGUCAUCGAUUAUUCUGCAUUAUUGAACUACAAUUGGUAUUUUUCUGAAAUAUUAUGAAUGACUUGUAAGACAGACACAGAAAAAUGCCCACAAUAAAUAGUUGUAAAUGUUGUGUUCCUUUGUAUCCUUGUUCAGGCACUGUGGCCACAGACCUCCAGGACACAGGCUUCAAGCCCCGCUCUGGGCCUACUCUCUGUCUCCCCCCAGAGGACAUUAAGGGUAACAGCAGGAGGCCCAGCAUCAGCCCCGUGCUAGAGGUGCCAGAUACUUCCUCUAUGCACACAGGUGACCUCUAUAGCGACCAAUCAGAGGACGAGACCCUGCCCUCCGAGGAGGACCAAUCAACUGAGGAGUAUGUUUUAUAUUAUUUCUAUAAGAGGAUGUAAGCCAAACAUUUUUUUCAGGAAACAUGUUACUACCUCUGUUACAUUGAUACCAUGCAAUAUGUCUUACUUUUUAUUCUCCAAUGAAAAAAAAAUGGGGUUAAAAGAGAGGAUGUAAGCCUUUUGGUUAUUUCAGUUAGGGGUCUCCAACUUUGGUCCUGGAGUGCUACAGUGUGCACAUUAUUCAAUUAACUACAGAUACAGGAUAUAUUUAGACCUAUUUUGUCACAGCAAAAUAAUCCUGUAGCAACAGGAUUUGAACGUUUAGUCCAGUAGAGGCUGGUGAGGGGAGACGUCCUCCCCUCACCAGCCUCCACUGGUUUAGUCCAUAAUGUUGCUUUAUCGGUGGUUAGGCUAUUAGCUGGCCAAAAGUAGGUUACAUGUGCAAUAAUGUUAAUAUAACUUUGUGUUAGAGUGGGUUUUCAGUUAAUUUAUGUAAAUCACAAAGCUCAUCUGCAUUUCCUGUGGUGCAAGAAAAUUCUCAGCAACAAAAGAGUGAUCAAAUUAAGACCCUACACCUGUAUGUUCUAGACUGAAGACCAUGCAUAGUUGAUUGAUUCAGGUAGGUUAGUGCUGGAACAAAAACGUACACACCUGGUAGCUCUCAGACUGGAAUUGGAGAACACCUGCAUUAGAUGAUGAUUUGUGAGACAAUAAUGACAUUUGUUUGUCUAUUAAUUUUAAUCGGCGAUCCAUACUCUACAGUAAAAUAUGAAUUGUGUGUCUGUUUAUUUGAAGCUAUGUGAAAGGCUAUUCUCCCAACCUGCCCUACAUCGGUAGUUCUCCAACACUUUGCCAUCUACUGAAGGAGAAAGUACCAUACUGUUGCCUCAGACUGGAAGGGGUAAAUGAUGCAUGUCACUUAAUCAGUUAAAGCAAUAUAGGUAGUAUUAAGUCAUGUUAACCAUUGGCACUAUUAAGCCUAGACCUGAACUAAAAUGCAUGCACAAUGGGAAAUCUGUUUUUUAAUCAAUGUCCGGGAAACCGACCCACAUUUUAAUUGAAAUACAUUUUUUUACAUUUUAAAACAACAACAUAAAAAUGUAUGUUAUUUUCCGCAUAGGGUUGUCAGCAUAACAACUUUGAGGACGCCAAAGCAUAUAGCUUUAAGAACAAGCUAAUCAUUGUGUCGGCUGAGACGGCGGGAAAUGGACUGUACAACUUCAUCGUCCCACUUAGAGCUUCCUACAGACUAAAGAAAGAGCUGAACCCGAUUGUGCUGCUCCUGGAUAAUCAGUAAGAGCAGCGUUUUAUUUGAUCUUCUUAACCUUUUUAUUGCGCUGCCCUCUUGGUCAGGUCUCCAUUGCUAAAGCGUUACAGAUUUGCGUCGCAGGAUGAAAAUAAUCAGCAGGAGGAUUUGAAUAUCUGAAGAAAUAUUUAGAAUGCAGUACCAUAGCUGCCUACGUUGUACCUUAGACUGCAGGUCCACUGGGCGCCAGUUCAAGUAGCCUAUGUAGUUUUAUUAUAUGUUAAAGGCAAGCAAUAGGCAGAAUAAAUUAUUGGUGGCGUCAGUGUGGUCCAGCGGUUAAAGUUGGCCUGUGCUACUGUAGCCGGCGCAUAACAGCUUAGUAAGUAAGGUCAUCCACACCAAAGACCAUAACUACUGUAUAACUACUGUAUAUUGACAAAUUAUACAUAGCCUAGCUAUAAAACGUGGGCGCGCAUCCACACUGAAGGAAAGUUUAUCGUUCUAUGGUAGGCCUACAUCUGUCAAUCAACUGUCUCAUCAUGUCUCCCGAGUGGCGCAGUGGUCUAAGGCACUUCAUCGCAGUGCUAGCUGUGCCACUAGAGAUCCUGGUUCGAAUCCAGGCUCUGUCGUAGCCGGCCGCGGCCGGGAGACCCAUGGGGCGGCGCACAAUUGGCCCAGCGUUGUCCAGGGUAGGGGAGGGAAUGGCCGGCAGGGGAUGUAGCUCAGUUGGUGGAGCAUGGUGUUUGCAACGCCAGGGUUGUGGGUUCGAUAAAAAUAAUGUAUGCGCUAACUGUAAGUCGCUCUGGAUAAGAGCGUCUGCUAAAUGACUAAAAUGUAAAAAUGUAACUGAUGGCCCAAAUCAGCAUUGGUGGAAAAAGUACCCAACUGUCAUGAGUAAAAGUAAAGAUACCUUAAUAGAAAAUGACUCAAGUAAAUGUUACCCAGUAAAAUUCUACUUGAGUAAAGUCUAGAAGUAUUUGGUUUAAAAUAUACUUAAGUAUGAAAAGUAAAUGUAAUUGCUAAAAUAUACUUAAGUAUCAAAAGUAAAAUAAUAAAUAAUUUCAAAUUCCUUAUACACUGCUCAAAAAAGGGAACACUUAAACAACACAAUGUAACUCCAAGUCAAUCACACUUCUGUGAAAUCAAACUGUCCACUUAGGAAGCAACACUGAUUGACAAUACAUUUCACAUGCUGUUGUGCAAAUGGAAUAGACAACAGGUGGAAAUUAUAGGCAAUUAGCAAGACACCCCCAAUAAAGGACUGGUUUUGCAGGUGGUGACCACAGACCACUUCUCAGUUCCUAUGCUUCCUGGCUGAUGUUUUGGUCACUUUUGAAUGCUGGCGGUGAUUUCACUCUAGUGGUAGCAUGAGACUGAGUCUACAACCCACACAAGUGGCUCAGGUAGUGCAGCUCAUCCAGGAUGGUACAUCAAUGCGAGCUGUGGCAAGAAGGUUUGCUGUGUCUGUCAGCGUAGUGUCCAGAGCAUGGAGGCGCUACCAGGAGACAGGCCAGUACAUCAGGAGACGUGGAGGAGGCCGUAGGAGGGCAACAACCCAGCAGCAGGACCGCUACCUCCGCCUUUGUGCAAGGAGGAGCACUGCCAGAGCCCUGCAAAAUGACCUCCAGCAGGCCACAAAUGUGCAUGUGUCUGCUCAAACGGUCAGAAACAGACUCCAUGAGGGUGGUAUGAGGGCCCGACGUCCACAGGUGGGGGUUGUGCUUACAGCCCAACACCGUGCAGGACGUUUGGCAUUUGCCAGAGAACACCAAGAUUGGCAAAUUCGCCACUGGCACCCUGUGCUCUUCACAGAUGAAAGCAGGUUCACACUGAGCAUAUGUGACAGACGUGACAGAGUCUGGAGACGCCGUGGAGAACGUUCUGCUGCCUGCAACAUCCUCCAGCAUGACCGGUUUGGUGGUGGGUCAGUCAUGGUGUGUGGUGGCAUUUCUUUGGGGGGCCGCACAGCCCUCCAUGUGCUCGCCAGAGGUAGCCUGACUGCCAUUAGGUACCGAGAUGAGAUCCUCAGACCCCUUGUGAGACCAUAUGCUGGUGCGGUUGGCCCUGGUAUCCUCCUAAUGCAAAACAAUGCUAGACCUCAUGUGGCUGGAGUGUGUCAGCAGUUCCUGCAAGAGGAAGGCAUUGAUGCUAUGGACUGGCCCGCCCGUUCCCCAGACCUGAAUCCAAUUGAGCACAUCUGGGACAUCAUGAAUCGCUCCAUCCACCAACGCCACAUUGCACCACAGACUGUCCAGGAGUUGGCGGAUGCUUUAGUCCAGGUCUGGGAGGAGAUCCCUCAGGAGACCAUCCGCCACCUCAUCAGGAGCAUGCCCAGGCGUUGUAGGGAGGUCAUACAGGCACGUGGAGGCCACACACACUACUGAGCCUCAUUUUGACUUGUUUUAAGGACAUUACAUCAAAGUUGGAUCAGCCUGUAGUGUGGUUUUCCACUUACAUUUUGAGGGUGACUCCAAAUCCAGACCUCCAUGGAUUGAUAAAUUUGAUUUCCAUUGAUAAUUUUUGUGUGAUUUUGUUGUCAGCACAUUCAACUAUGUAAAGAAAAAAGUAUUUAAUAAUAUUAUUUCAUUCAUUCAGAUCUAGGAUGUGUUAUUUUAGUGUCCCCUUAAUUUUUUUGAGCAGUGUAUUAAGCAAACCAGAUGGCACCAUUUUCUUGUUUUAUUUAUUUAUGGAAAGCCCGGGGCACACCAACAUUCAGACAUUAUUUACAAACCAAGCAUGUGUUUAGUGAGUCCACCAGAUCAGCGGCAGUAGGGAUGACCAGGGAUGUUCGGUUGAUAAGUGCGUGAAUUUGACUGUUUUCCUGUAACGAGUACUUUUGGUUUCAAGGAAAGUGUAUGGAGUAAAAAGUACAAUAUUUUCUUAAGGAAUGUAGUUAAGUAAAAGUUGUCAAAAAUAUAAAUACUACUUAAAAGUACCCGCACAGCUGUUCUCCAUUGCAACCAUUAUUGGUCACCUCAUUAUUGCUCCCUAAAAGAUGUCAGUGUUACUUUAGUCUAGCCUGAUGACUCACACUAAAUUAUUCUGCUGCUCUGUCGUUUGCUACAUACUUUAGUCUGAGACUGCCAUCAUUGCCAUCGUAGGCCCUGUGUAGCUCAGUUGGUAGAGCAUGGCACUUGCAACGCCAGGGUUGUGGGUUCGUUUCCCAUGGGGGGCCAGUAUGAAAAAUGUAUGCACUCACUAACUGUAAGUCGCUCUGGAUAAGAGCAUCUGCUAAAUGACUAAAAUGUUUUUAAAAAUUGAAGUCGUUUGUGGUGAUGAGGGGCCCGAGGGGAGUAGCCUAGACUUGCUACUCAACUACAAUACAUUUUGAGUGCACCACACAGCAAUGCUGCAUUCACUAUUUAUUUAGUAAGCUAAAAAGACAGAGCCUAACAUUAGCUAGCUACUAUGAGGAUGUCAUGUCAUUGGAGGAGUGGAUGAGUGACUGACUUUUUCCCCUCAUCGUUUUUGGGUGGCUACAGCUAGAGAUGCAGGUGUAAUUUGGUUAGCUAGCAAGAAAUGUGAAUCACUUUGCUAGCUAGCUAGCUAGCUAUGCUGAACUUGAACGACUGUUAGCCUAAGUAAGCAUAUCUAUAAAAAAAACAAAACAAAAAAAAAACAUACAAUCUAACUGCAGUGAAGCCGCUCAACAUUUACGUUACAUUCAGUCAUUUUGCAGACACUCCAAUCCAGAGUGACCCACAGGAGCAACCAGGGUCAAGCACCCCCGCCCAGGGGCACAUCGACAGAUCUCCCUCCAAGUCAAAUCGGGGACCCGAACCAGUGCCCAAGCUCCCAACUGCCAGGCCACCAACCAUCCAAGAUCCCCCAACAGUCCCCCCAAGAGCUGCCCCUCAAGCAUCUGAGAGCCCCCCCAUAUUUGCAGAAAUCCAUUCAGGUGGCUUUUGGCGAAUGCGUUCUAAUGAUCUAAUGAUCGUGCUGUUGCUACUGCCUGUAACACAGUCCAGUUCAAAGUGAAUGAUGGCAGGCCCAUGUGGCAAAUGGAUUAUUUGCAUAUUGGCCUACUGUAGCUCUGAUUGGCUAUGGCGCACCGGUCUGCUUAGACUCUGGUCCUGGACAAGAGAGAUGUUUUUAUUUUGGUUUAUUCAUUGUCAAAACACACGUCUGCCUUCCCACUCUAUAUUGCUAUAGAAUUUUCACAAAUGCGUUACAAUUCAUAAUUCCCAAACAUUCUAUGAAUUUAUGAAAACGUGAAAAUCUAAGUGCUCGCUUGUCAGAAAAUGUAAAAAAAAAAAAAGGUGUCAUAUUCUUCCUAUGAUCAGAUUUUAAUAAGAUUUAAUGUUGCUAAAACGCUUUCAGUUCCACUUUAAAUAACAUUUUUAGAAAGUUCUGAACGUUACUAAAGUUUUGUAGUGUUUUUUAUGGAACGUUUUCUUAACAUUCUCGGAACAAUUUGAGAACAUGAUUUUAAAUAGAACCAUGAGGAAACCUUGUGUUGAAGUACUAAAAUCCCCACAGAAGAACGUUGUUUCUUAACGUUCUCUGAAAUAUUUGAUUUGAUUUGAAUAUUUGAGAUCAUUCCCAAUGCAAACCAGUUGGAGAACAUUCCUAGAAUAUUACCAUAAUUACAAUUAAAUGUAACCAUGUUUGAACAUUUAAAGUAAUGAAAUACCAAGAAAAUAACGUUUUUUUUUUUUUGUCAAGUUCCUUAAAUGUGCUGAGAAUGUUACAAAGCCAAGCAACUAUCCGGCAAAGUUGUGGGAAGGUUGUAUGCAAAAUAACCAUAGGACAACCACGCGCUCACCAAGCUCUAUGAAACAUAUGGUUCUCAGAACGUUAUGUGCUAGCUGGGAAGUGAAUGUUAAAUGAGAUUGAAUGGCUAUGGCUUAUCUUGAAUUCAGCAAGAUACCAAUGAGCGCCCUUUUUGGUACUUUUACCACAAGCAAAGCAGCACCUCCUACCAUAUUUUCUCUAUUUUAUAAAAGUGACUGUCUCUUUUGGAUAUGGCGGGUUGGGUACUGUGACAGCAAAAAUAACAAUAUUUGUUCAUAUGGACAAUGAAGAUCUAUUCAAUUUAAUUAAAUUCCAUUCUAUUCUAUUCUUUUCCAUGUUGUGACGCGUUCUGUUGUCUCACCAGGCCUGACACACAGUUCCUGGAGGCAAUCUGUUGGUUCCCCAUGGUGUUCUACAUGGUCGGCUCCAUCGAUAAGUACUUGACGCACAUCACCUUAUAACCUUAUCAAUCAUUUAAUUUAGUGCAAGUACUGCAUUUGUAUGCUAUUAGUCUUCCUAACAAGACUACAUCUAAAGGAAACGGACUGAGUGAACUGAAAUAUCAAUUUCUCAAAUAAGUCCUGUGUCCAACGUCACCUUUCUAGACAGCCCCCGAGAUACUAUUAGUUACGAUUCUCUCUCCACAGCGAAUCUUUCAAAAGAUAGCUAGCUCAUGUGCAGAGUCCAGAGGUUUUCCUGACAGUCUAUAACUAAGGUCUUGAGUUUUUCAAGUCAAGAAGUCAAAUUCAAGUCAAAUGUGUGUGUGUGUGUGUCUCCCCUAGCCUGGAUGACCUCCUGCGCUGCGGCGUGUCCUUUGCAGCCAACAUGGUGGUGGUGGACAAGGAGAGCACCAUGAGUGCAGAGGAGGACUACAUGGCUGACGCCAAAACCAUCGUCAAUGUGCAGACACUGUUCAGGUACCGGAACCAUUGUCAAUGUGCAGACACUGUUCAG